AUGUUUGAUACUAAAAAUAAGUUAGUGGCAAUUUUUGUGAUUUAAUAAGUGGAAGAAGGGCAUUUUUGACAGUUUACCUAUUUUCCAAAGUUGCUGGUUCCAUACCGUCUCCACCGGGAUCACAACCGCCGAUCGGCUCGCUCUUACUGCUAGUGCGACCUUCGGCUAGAUUUUGCUUCUGCACCCAAGGGUGUCGCUUAGUGGUCAAUGAAUUGGGUUGGGAACCAUGAACUCUAAGGUUCAGAUCUCAGCGGAGACAAAAAAACACGCGUGAUUUCUCCCAUAUGUCCAAGCCUUGGUGGACAAAGUUACGUAAUACCUGUUGCUAGUGGGAGCUAACAGGUAUCCCGUGGAACUGGUAGUGGUGCGCACAAGCUGGCCUCGACACCAACUCGAUUUUGCUUCUUAGAAGCUAAAUCCGUGUUAGUUAAGGAUCUUCAAUUUCAUUUUAGAGAAAAAAAGCCCAAAGAAUCAGUGACUUCAACAACCUAUUGUGAAAGCUUGCAAUUUGAUAAAAACACAUUUCAGAGAACUGCAAGAGGGGGAAGAAAUAUGGGAUAUUGGCUUAUGCUCAGUGCUGUUAUUGCCGUAACGGUGGUAAUUGCUCAAGCAGUAAGAUUAUUGUUAAUGGUAAUCAAUGGCUGGAGAAAUAGAAAGAAGGCUGUUGGGGUCUUCCACCCAUUCACCAAUGACGGAGGUGGUGGAGAACGAGUCUUGUGGUGCGCUGUGAAAGCCAUCCAAGAUGAAUACCCAAAUCUAGAUUGUGUCAUAUAUACAGGAGAUCAUGAUGCUUCUCCUGACAGCCUUACUGGCCGUGCCCUUGAUCGAUUUGGAGUCAAAUUAAUCCGCCCUCCUAAGGUGGUCCAUCUGCAUAGGAGAAAGUGGGUCGAAGAAACCACUUAUCCUCGUUUCACUAUGAUUGGUCAAAGCUUUGGAUCGAUUUACCUUUCUUGGGAAGCUUUGUGCAAAUAUACACCUUUAUAUUACUUUGAUACUAGUGGAUAUGCUUUUACUUAUCCAGUUGCCCGUGUAUUUGGAUGCAAAGUUUUUUCCUAUACUCAUUAUCCAACUAUCAGUUUAGACAUGCUAUCUCGUGUUCAUGGGCGCAGUUCAAUGUACAACAAUGAUUCCUUGAUUGCCAAGAGUGCGUUACUAUCCCGGUUCAAGGUUGUUUAUUAUACGUUGUUUAGCUGGCUGUACAGCUUUGUCGGUUCUUGUGCCCACCUAGCGAUGGUUAAUUCUUCAUGGACCCAAUCUCAUAUUGAGAAGCUGUGGGGAAUACCAGCUCGAAUUAGGCGCGUGUAUCCUCCUUGUGAUACUUCUAGGCUUCAGGCGCUUCCGCUGGAAAAGUCAAUGAAGCCUCCGAAGAUAGUAUCUGUGGCUCAGUUCCGUCCAGAGAAGGCACACCCUCUCCAACUUGAGGCAUUUGCAGUUGCCAUCAAGAAGUUAGACCAAGAUCUGCCAAGGCCGAUUAUCCAAUUAGUGGGUAGUUGUAGGAAUGAAGCAGAUGAGAAAAGGUUGCAAAAUCUAAAGGACCUAGCUAUUAAACUGAAUGUGGAUGAUCAUGUUGAGUUCCACAAGAAUGUCACGUACAGUGAUUUGGUCACACUUUUGGGUGGUGCUGUAGCUGGAAUCCAUUCCAUGACAGAUGAGCACUUUGGCAUAAGUGUAGUUGAAUACAUGGCUGCUGGCGCGAUACCAAUUGCACAUAAUUCAGCUGGCCCAAGGAUGGAUAUUGUGUUACCAGAAGAUUCGAAGCAGACUGGGUUCCUUGCCCAGAGCGUAGAGGAAUAUGCUGAAGCCAUUAUUGAAGUCAUUAAGAUGCCAGAGAAUGAGAGGCUGGAGAUAGCUGCUGCUGCGAGGAAGCGAGCCUCCAUGUUCUCAGAGCAAAGGUUUUAUGAAGAUUUUAAGGCUGCUGUGCGACCAAUCUUUUGUGAUGGUACCAAAUGAUUACAAAAUCUUUGUUUCCAUAAAUACAAGAGAUGAAUUUUGUUGCAACAUA